CCACCCCCAAGCGUUCGCGGGACGUUCGUUUUUGGCCAUUUUUGAGUUCCAAAAUUUACAUGUGUGUAUAGUUUUCAAUCCACAAGAAUCUGCCUUGUAUUUUGCAAAAACUGUUAGAUCCUGAUACAAAUUACGAGAAAAGAUGUCUAUUGGUAUUCCUAUAAAGAUUUUACACGAAGCCGAGGGGCAUGUUGUCACUUUGGAGACAAUGACGGGCGAAGUAUACCGAGGAAAAUUAAUCGAAGCUGAGGACAACAUGAACAUUCAAAUGUCAGACAUUACUUUGACAUCUCGAGACGGACGUGUAUCACAACUACAGAAUGUGUUUAUCCGUGGAAGUAAAGUUCGUUUUAUAAUUUUACCUGACAUGUUAAAGAAUGCGCCCAUGUUCAAGAAACAGAGAGACAAAGGCUCAUCGGCUGGUCGUGGAAAAUCUGCCAUCUUGAGAGCUCAAGGUAUAUUUUGUGUAUUGCACUGGAUAUUAAGAUAUUCACUAACUAAAUUUGCUUAUCAGUUUAGAAAAUGUGCACAAGAUUGUAUCUAAAGUGCAUACAAACGCUCAAGUCCUACUUAGCAAGUUGGAACGUAUGGUUAUCAAAGGAAUGGUCAGGAAUGGAUUCCGACCAUUGGGGCUUCAUAUGGUGCUUUGUGAAGGCCCGUUUACAGUUGCAAUUUUUGCUGCGAUUUCCAGUGCGAUUUCAUUCUUCUGAUGCAUGAGAACGAGUAGAUGGGUUAUGAAUGUUCUGAGUACAUGUUCCUUCAUCUGAACAUUCAUAAUUCAUCCACUCGUCCACAUCCAUCAGACUAUUGCUAUUAAUACUGCAAUUGCCCUGAUCCCCUCAUUGACGAUAAGUCUUUUUCAUUAUUUUGCAUUGCAGAUUGUUUGUUACCUACAUUGGGUAUUUGCACCACUAGAUAGUGCAUUUAGUUUGAUGGGCAACCCGUGUUUGAAGCCUGAUCAUUGGCGCAGAAAGUUGGCGGCGGCCAUAUAAUUUGGAGCUUCCCAAGAGCGAGAAAAUUUGAAUGUUUUAUUAUUGAAAGAAAUGCUAACUUAUUCCAUGUUGGUAUUCUAAGGCAAAACCCAUUGAUAGAAACAUUUUUCAAAGUUUUAGCAAUGCAAAUUUGUUGCAAAUAUGAGGAGUGGGAAUAUCCAAUAUGGCCCCCAGCCGGGUUUUUUGGAAGAAACCGCCGACAUUUUUGGCUUCAAUUUUUAUAUUAAAGAUGCACUAUCUAGUCCAUAAAUAAUAUCUAUGAUUUGCACACACUACCCUACAUGUUUCUAACUUUCUAAAUUUUUUAUUAGCGGCAGCAAGAGGUCGAGGGGAUCAUUUCCGUGGACGUGGCAGAGGCGGUCAUCGGGGAGGUGGUCAUCGGGGAGGAUUCCAACAUCGACGAUAAACUACCACAUCUCGUUUUUAUCCUAAUUGUCCCAUCAUGACCAUUGUCAUACCGGGAUGUAUCUUAGGAUCAUCAUCUUUAUAAAAUCAUUAUUUGUACAUAGAUUUGUGUAGAACUACUACAAGACUUGUCAAAUUUUCUGAUAGAAAUUAAGCCAACUCAAGAGGGAGGGAAUGUAACAAGAAUUCCAGCAACUUCUUGACAUGCAAGAAUUGCAGUAACUUCUGUUAUGAUGUUGAUUUUUAAGCUUUGUAUUUAUCUUAAAAUAAAGUAAAAAAAAUGUUUCUUGCGAGUGAAAGAUUUUUGGAAUAUACAGUCUGGCUAUCUUGUUUGACUAUUUGGGUGCUACUUGUUGCAAUAGUACUCAAAUUUAUGUGUUUGUUAGUUUUUAUUUCAAUAAACUUUGUAUGGCUAUAUUUCUCCAGAUUUCUCUUUGAUUGGUUGGAAGACGAAUAUCAUUUGAUCUCAACCAAUAAUCCAUGAAUAAAUGAGCCAAUCAUAUUACUUUAUUUUGCUCAGAAGCCCUGUGUACGAGGUUGUACAUCAGCAUACUUCCAUUCUCGUCCCCAGGACUUUUCGGCCACCUGUGUCCAACGAGUGGCCGAGUGAAACUCUAUGCAGUUGGUUCAUUCAAAGACAAGUUUUCGGCUGUGUUUCAAGUGUCAUCUCAUUUUAAGACCUUCCCACAUA